ACAUCGGGUGUAAGAAGUGAUUUGAGAAGUCCUAAGCUUGCCGCUGGAGGGUUGCUCAAAAUGCACAUUGUCAUUAGACGGUACCAGACCUCCGAUAAGGAUGCUGUCCAAACGUUAUUCAGAGAUGGAAUCCAGGAGCACAUUAACCCUUCAUUCAUUGGUGCCAUAACACAGCCGCUGUUUGUGGCUGUAACUCUGUGCCUGUGUGUGACUGGUUAUAUCCUGGGUGGACAAUCCUUUCCUCUGGCACUGCUGGCAGGUGGGCUUUGGGUGGCCCUGGUCUAUUACAGCUGUUAUGAACUCUAUGCUGGCUUUGUCAGAAUCAAGCUACAAACAGAUAUGCAGGACAUCCCCGGUUACUACCUCAGCAGCCCAGACAACUGCUUCUGGGUUGCAGAGGCAGAGAUUGACGGGAGGUCACAGAUUGUAGGUAUGGUCGCCGUUGAGGCCAAAACGGAGGAGAGUGGAGACGGGAAGCGGUACGGGGAACUGUUCCGGAUGAUCGUGUCGUCUGCGUGUCGUCGUUGCGGCCUCGGAGCCCGAUUAGCCAAAACAGCUGUGGACUUUUGCAAGGAGCAUGGCUUCUCUAAGGUUGUCCUGGAGACGAGCUCCACGCAGAGAGCAGCGGUGGUGUUGUACCGCAAACUGGGAUUCACGCUUACGUUGGUCCACACUGAGACGUACACACCUCGAUGGCUUACCUGGUUGACUGGCGUCACCAUUUUAAAAAUGGAGAAAGACUUAUGACUAUCUUCAUUUCAGUGAAUCAUGUACCUCUGUGAUAUGCUGAGAUAUAGACUUUUAAUAAUAAUUCUGGCAAAAUUAGUAGAUGGGCACUCGAUAAUGUGAUGAUUAGGUCUGAUUGACUGUUUAUCAGUUAAUGAAUUUCUCAGUUCCAGACUGUGAGUUUACAGUAGUGUACCCGUGCAUUGAUUUGGUAAUAUUGUUGUGAUUAAAUACUUGACACUCUUUAUGGAUCGGUGAUUAGAUGACUCUUUCGUAUAACAAAUUACAGUUUGAUUUCGUUUGUCUGUUUUUGUUCUAAAUUGUUCUAAAUUUAAAC